UAUGACAUUGACAGUUGUAAUUUGUGAAUUUUGACAGAUCUACCUACUCCAAUCGUGACUUUCAAAUAAACGAAAAAUAUCAGGAAAUAAACCUAAAGUUUUAUUCAUAAUCGAAUAAUUUAAGAAAUAACCACAAUGCCAAAGUUUCAAGUUAAAGUAAAAUGGGGUAAGGAGAUGUUUCCUAAUGUGGAGGCGAACACAGAUGAUGAACCGGUGCUGUUCAAGGCUCAGAUCUUUGCGCUCACCGGCGUGCAGCCCGAGAGGCAGAAGGUGGUGUGCAAGGGAGUCACGCUCAGAGACGACUCAUGGGGAAACUUCAAGUUGGCUAAUAAUGCGCUGGUGCUAGUGAUGGGCAGCAAGGAGGAGGACGUGCCGGCCGCGCCCGUCGAGCAGACACGCUUCGUGGAGGACAUGAACGAGUCUGAGCUCGCUUCUGCUCUGGACAUGCCGGAGGGUCUGAUCAACCUGGGCAACACCUGCUACAUGAACGCCACCGUGCAGUGCCUCAAGACAGUCCCCGAGCUCAGGAAUGCACUGCUGGAGUACAACAGAACCUCCGGCGGUGGCACAGCGGGCGAGCUCACGUCGGCGCUCAGCGAGACGAUGUCGGUGCUGGACGGCGGCGGCGCGGGCGCGUGCGCGGGGGCCGCGGCUAAAUUACUUCGGGCGUUACAUGCUAUGGUGCCGAGGUUCGCGGAGCGCGGCGCGGGCGGCGGGCUGGCGCAGCAGGACGCAUCCGAGUGCUGGACGGAGAUCGUGCGCGCGCUGCAGCAGCGGCUGCCCGUCGCGGCCGGCGGCACCGACAGCUCAUCAGUAGUGGAGCAGUACUUCGGCGGGCGGCUGGACGUGGAGCUGGUGUGCGCGGAGGCGGAGGAGCCGCCCGCGCGCCUCCAGGAGACCUUCCUGCAGCUCAGCUGCUUCAUCUCGCAGGAUGUGAAGUAUCUGCAAUCCGGGUUGAGAUCCAAAAUGUCAGAGCAGAUCACGAAAAUGUCAGAAACCCUCGGCAGAGAUGCAGUCUACACGAAAACGUCGAAAAUCAGCCGUCUGCCCGCGUACCUAACGGUGCAAUUCGUGCGCUUCUACUUCAAGGAGAAGGAGUCCAUCAACGCCAAGAUCCUCAAAGACGUUAAGUUCCCGCUCGACCUCGACGUGUAUGAGCUGUGCUCGCCCGAGCUGCAGGAGAGGCUGACCCCUAUGAGGAAUAAGUUUAAGGAAUUAGACGAUGCGCUCGUGGAAAAUGCAGUGAACGUGAAGAACAAAAACCGAGGCGACAGUAAAAAGGUGUCCACCACCAAAGCCGUAUUACCGUACUGGUUCGAAAACGACCCGGGCAGCAACAACAGCGGCUUCUACCGCCUGCAGGCCGUCCUCACUCACCGCGGCCGCUCGUCGUCGUCCGGUCACUACGUGGCGUGGACGCGGCGCGGGGACGCGUGGCUGCGCUGCGACGACGACGCCGUGACGCCCGUGCCCGAGGAGGAGGUGCUCAAGCUCAGCGGCGGAGGCGACUGGCACUGCGCCUACCUGCUGCUCUACGGGCCGCGAGUGCUCGAGGUACCGACAGAAGAAGAAGAAGCCAUGGUCACCGAGGACAUUGACCCCGCGGGAAACCCUCCCACUGCGCUCGCAUAGACAGAAACAGACACUAAACUAAACUAUAAGGCUGAUGCGUCGCGCUUUUGAAUGUCCCGUCGCGGUCCCGACUAUUUGUGUCUCAAAUGUGAACAUCUUAACCCGUUUUAUGCACAAUUAAAACAGCACAAAUUUUAAGUAAAUUCUUGUGGUGAUUGCAAUAACACGGAUUUGGUUUUUAAGUUCUUAAAUUGUGUAGUGAUUUUAGGUCUCAAUUGCUGCGUUCUUAAUUUAUUUAUUAAAUUAUUUCGUUCGAUCAAUUUUCAUAAAUGUUUUUGAGGGAUAAUACGGGACUCGCGUUGUUUGUGUAAAGUUUUAUAUUAUGUUAAAAUGGCAUUUAAAAUGCUUUCGUCGUUCAAUCGGCCGGGCAGUACGUAACAAUCCAUGUUUCAUGUUUGCAUCUGUAGGUCAUCUUUACAAUGAUGUAUUGAAUUUUAUAAGACUAAUAUCUAUACUUAACAUGAUCGGUAAAUAAAUUUGAAUACUUACUUAA